AUGUCCCCUAACGCGCCCGACACAUCGACGAACCUAGCUGAGGUAGCAUUCGCCGAUGCCGCCGAACCUUUCGUCCCAAAGCCCCUGAUCAACGACCUCCUGCGCACGCGCUACUGCAUCCCGGGGUCCAUCUUCCUUGUCGAAGACAUCGAGUCGCUCCCCGUCCCGCGGUCGAAACGAUGGCGCGCCGUGAGGCUGAUGCUCGGUGACGGUGAGCUCUGUGUACAGGCGUUGCUUCGCGGGGAGAUGCAUCGCUUCCUCGAUUCGGGAGCUGUGAGGGUUGGGUGCUACGUGCGCUUGGGGGAGUUCGCUGUUCGCUUCCAGGAUGUUGCGGGCGAUGGCGAUCAUUCUGGAGGGGCGCGGCAGAUGGUUUACUUGGUUGUCAACGAUCUGGUCACUGUCGGGUGGCACAGGUCUUUGACGGAGAUCAACGCGAUGCCCCAAAGAGCGCAGGAACACGCGGCAGAGGACGAUUUCGUCUCGGACAGCGACUUGGAUGUCGGCGACGUCGAGGCAGCCAAACCGCCUCCUCAAACACAAAUUCCUAGACCGAAUACAUUGCCACAAGCGACACCGAAGCUACAGCCUCGAGAGCUAGUUAUGGUGGAUGAUGAAGACGAAGAAGACGACGCAGAAGAAGGCUUCGAGGUUAUGCAAGUGUCGGAAACCAAGGCGACACAGCUGAGAGCUCAGUCGAAGAACAUGACAGCAACUGUCGCUCUCCCACGUGACUGGACAGACCCCAGCAUCCCGCUGAAGUUGACAGCUCUGCGAUCCAUUCCGAAUCUGCCCUACAAACAGAACUGGUCCGUUAACGUCCUCGCCAUCGUGACGUCCCUCUCCGAUGUCGAGCCUUCCCACAUGCCUCCGCACACCCAGCGGACGGCGCGACUAGCUGAUCCCAGCACCAGCAAACAAGUCAUCCUGACCGUCUUUCUUGACGCGGAAGAGUUCAACCCCAAAAUUGGCAGCGUCGUGCUCCUCGUCGGAGUCAAGAACCACCGAUUCGACGGCGGGUGCCUGAAAAAAUAUGUCAGCGACAAGCCUAAGCCGGGGCCCGGUGGUGGUUUGAGGAGCCGCGACAGUUCGAUUGGUGCGACGUGGAUGGGCUAA